UUUGUACAUGAAUGAUUACAGGCUAAAAAUAAAAAGCAGAAGUUAAUUAAAGCAAAUUCCACAUGACUCAAUCUGUUGUUGCAUGAACUGGAACAGCACAGAGGUCGUUGCUAAAUCCUGAAGAAUCUCGGGAAAACACUCUCUUCUGUCUCCUGUUUUCCACGUUUUCUACUGUCACGUGACAUAAGAUUUUCCGACGUGACGUCACGCCUAUGUGGUUGGCAUCUAAAGAGCAGUUUUUCUCCUUAAUUCUCCUCGCAGGAGGCGAAGUUCUCUUGUUUCGGAACCAUUUCCGCUGACUCUUUAUGAAGCGCGUUCAUCUCCGCCGGUCCGGGCUCGGUUCGGAGGUUGUGCACGGUUGUGUGAUGGAAUGAAGCAAAGCUUGCCUUUUCGGUUUCCAGCGCGCGCGCUCGCUCGCUCGCGCUCCCUCUGAGGCGCAGCUGCAGGGAAAGUUUCCCGGCUGUUCUGUUCUCACCGAGAAGUCGGGCUGACGGAGAGUCACAGAGAACCUCUCCAGUGGAUGUGUGCGGGCGCGCGCGCGCCUGUGUAGGCGAGAGGGAAACCCAUGACUUCCGCGUUUUUCCUCCCCAUGCGAGCGCGCGCGCUGGAGGGAGAUAAAAAGUCCUAUAGCGCGCGAGGCCGUGACAUUGUUCUCGGAGCGCGGGGACUGCGCGCAGACGGACUGCUGUGUCUCUCGGAGGUGUGACGCAUCCGACCGGAUCCAUGGGACACCAGAACAAAGAGGUGGACGAGGAGUCGCUCCAAGCCAGGGAGCGCGUGCGGAGCCGGUGGCUGGAUGUCUUCCUCAUCGUGUCCGUCCUCGUCCUGUUCUUGGCGGUAACGGCCCUGGCCGUCGGGGGGUACGUGGUGCUGUCAGCGCUGGGCUCCAGACCGAGCCCCGCCGAGGCCGGAGGUCACAUGAAGGUGUUCGCGGACCCGCCGUCACCUGCGUUCAAGAUGGACAACUUUGCAUAUGUAGAACUCAUCUCUUCCGAGGUGGAGAACAAGACCAUACCAUUGGGACUGGUCAACAUUGCCAAAGGGACGUCUGUCGGAAGCAACUUUGUCUUCAACCAAGAUCAUCACUCCCUGACGCCGCGCCAGGCCGGGGCCUACUUCCUUUACAUUGAAGUCAACCUCACCUGCACACACGAGUGUAGUGAUGGCCUCCUCAGACUGCAGGUGGACGACAAGCUCCACUGUGAUGUGUAUCUGAAGGGGGAUAAAAGGUCUGUGAGCCACAAGUGCUGGACUGUGGUCGAUUUGGACAGGAGAGGCCUGGUUACUCAGAUGAGAGUAGAACUACCCAAGCCAGAGCCGACAGACUGGAAGCUUGAGAAGAAAGGUUCAGGACUGGGGAUGUUCUUUAUAGGCUGAUACAGGCUGAGGCGUGGUCGUCUCGACUCGGACGUACCUGUGACCUGUAAAUGGCAGCUUCCCUGCAGAUUUGAACACAAGUGAGUGUUGCGUUAAUGACCAUGAAAGUAAAGUAGCCCCGCACCAGCGCCGCUUUGAAAGCAGGCGUGUGCUGUCAGCAAUGUCUGCAAGUUUUUUUUAAGGUGGAUUUCCGGUGAAAAUUCAGCUAUCAGAAAUCAAACUGGAAGAAGAGAGAAACAAAACCAUUUUUAUUUGUAAAUUAUUUUAAAAAAUGUUCUAUUUAUUUCUUAAGCUGUAGUUAUUUAUGCAUGUUCAUGUAUUUUCUGUGAAAACAUGUUUCCAUGUAGGUGCCACUACAUUUCUGUCAAUGUGCAAUACACGGUGAUCAUCUUGACUUUAUAGUUCUGUUUCCAUGACAUGAAGAGCUGCAACAUCACGUUUUCUGUGGGCAGGUCAGAACCUCACAAGCUCAUCAUCUGUUUCUUUUGACAACCUUUCAGUAAAAGGGGGUUCGGCCGAGUGCUGAAGCGACGACUUGAAGCCCACCUGUUGAUAAAACAGAGGAUGACAUGUUGUCUGCACGUUACAUUUGGAUUUCAAGCUCAAAGAUAUUUUUUAUGGGAAUGAAAUGUAAGUCCUAUGGACGUCUUCUCAGUGCUGAAUGUAUUUUUAUUGUAAUUUAUAUUAAACUCAAAUGUGGUGAAUACA